AUGGCAGCACCGCAGUUGGUACAACUUCAAGUCGGAGAGCAAGUGGAUCGUUGGCAUAUCGAUAAGAAGCUUGGAGAGGGUGGAUUUGGUGCUGUUUACCUGGUAUCCGAUCCAACGGGAACGUAUGCGUUGAAAGUGGAGGGUGUAAAUGAGCAAAUUCAAGUGCUGAAAAUGGAGGUGUACGUUUUGACUGAGUUGAAUAAACGUAACAGUCGUCACUUUUGUAAGAUUAUGGACAAGGGUAGAUAUGGCUCGUUCAAUUACGUCGUUAUGACGGUCGUCGGCAAAAGUCUUCAGGAUUUACGUAAAGCUGGUCCAGGACAACACUUAUCAAUGGGUUCGGCACUUGGUGCUGGUAUUCAAGCACUAGAGGCACUCGAGGAUCUACACGGGAUCGGUUACCUACAUCGAGACGUUAAACCUGGCAAUUACACUGUCGGUCGACCUGAGUUGAAUGAACUGAGAAAAAUUUAUAUUCUCGACUUUGGAAUGUGCCGUAAAUUCACUAAUUCUCAGAAUGUAAUUCGCAAACCGCGUGCAGCGGCAGGUUUCCGAGGCACGGUGCGUUACGCGCCCAUCUCGUGUCACCUUCAACGUGAACUGUGUCGCAAGGAUGAUGUUGAAACUUGGAUAUAUAUGCAGGUCGAACUCACCACCGGUAAUUUACCUUGGAAGAAUGUCGCCGACAUGAAUCAGGUAGGUGAAUACAAGAAACGUUGUCGCUUCGAGCCGGCAAUCAACGAACUGAUGGGCGGAUGUGCACCCGAACUGCGACAAAUCAUGCAAAUGGUCGAUGCGUUAAAAUACUACGAUACACCACCUUAUCAGCAAAUCUACGAUCUGAUGCGUCGUUCGUUCCAGUCAACUGGCACCCAGGAAUUCCCGUAUGACUGGGAGAAACCUGGUGGUGGUAUAUUCUAG